AUGUCCUGCUCGGCCAAAAGAUGUUUGUCGUUCUUCAAGGCCUUAAAAGUGACACAAAAAUUCGAAUGGAACAAAGAUUGUGAGAAAGCAUUCGAGGAACUGAACAAAUUCCUGACCACCCCACCAUUGCUUAGUUGUCCAACAAAGGGGGAAACACUCUACUUAUACAUUUUUGCGAGGAAAGAAACCAUAGGGACAAUACUGGUAAGAGAGGAAGAUGCGCAAGCCUUGGCAGAUUUCUUAGCCGAGAUAACCCCUAGCGAAGCAGAAGAAUCUGUACCAGAAUUAAUAUGGGAACUUCACGUAAUUGGAACUUCGAAUGAAAAAGGAGCAGGAGCGGGAGCCAUUCUCAAAGGACUCGGAAAGGUGAAAAUCGAAUACGGAGUAAAUAUCCAAUCCGCCGCUAGCAAAAACGCUGCGGAAUACGAAGCCCUGAUCGCAGGACUCGGCUUAGCUCUGGAAUUAAAAACAGAAAUUCUGAAGAUAUACAGCGACUCUCAACUGGUAGUAAACCAAGUCAAGGGAGAAUAUUAG